AUGCAAGAUGCUAUGGAUCCAUUACCUGAUAUAAAUGUCGAACUAUUGAAAACAAUUCGGAGUUACCCUUAUAAUUUACUGAUGCAAUUAAAACCUCGAAGCGUGGUUCACAUGAUGUAUAAAAUGCUCGUCCUUGAACAUUAUUCCAAUAUAACUAAAGAAAACGUAAAAAAGCUACAUAUCACAAUGAAAAUAAAUUCAAAUAAACUAUCCAACUUUAAAAAUUCACUUCCUGAAAACUAUCCGAACAAAUAUGUAAAACUCAUUGAAUAUAUCAAAUGCGCGACUGACUUUCAUAUGAAUGUUCAAAUGAGUAAACUCAUGGGAGGUGUCAAGCUUGAAAAGUCUACUGCAACCCAAAAAUGUUUUAGCGAGAAAAAAAAUACUUAUGACAACAUGGCAAUCGGGAAACCUAUCGAAACUUGUGUUUGGGAUUCGAGGGUCAAUGAAAACGUUAAGAGAAAAAUUAUUGAUGACAUUGAAGAGUUUAGUAUAAAUUCAAGAAAAUACAACUAUGAAUCAUAUUUGAAACAGAAUCCUGACAUCGCAAACAUUGUGAGAAGAACAGUGGCCGGUCAAUCACUAAGCUAUGAUAUUUUGUUCAAACUGUAUGAGGAUGUUGGAAAAAUUAAAGGAAACAUGAUUCAAAUCAAUCAUUGAAAUCAUCAGGACUGCUUGCUAAUCACAAUGAACUAUUUUGUUGAAUGGCCCAUCAUAUUUUUUUUCGCUUAUUACUAUAAUUUAGUUUUGACAGUGAUUUAAUAUUAUUGUAAAGCUUCAAGCUAAUUGAUUACUCUAAUAAAUUCAAAUGAUUUCUAUUUUUCCUAU